CUGCCGGAAAACCACACCAAGAAAAAAUCGUAAACGGAAGUGAACAAUAAUUUCCAAGUUAGCGUUCUAUUGUUGUAUUUAGACGUUUAUUAACACCCUAGAACUCAACAUAUGACAAAAUGAACUGCACAGCAUCACAUCCUUACCCAAGUUAGUGUUUAAUUGCGUUGGAAACAGGACUUAAAUUAUAGGUUUUAUAUAAGUAAAGCUAGCUAGCGGUUAACGCUAACAAUGGCUAACUGUAUGGUUUUUCACACUCAAAUAGCCUCCAUCAUGGAGGUGCUAGCGAAUGCAGCCGUGGCAGACAUCUGUAAACUCGUAGACGACGACUAUGCAGUGUUUCGUUUGGAAAUAACUCAAAGCCAGAAAGAAAACGGGGCACUGAGGAGGAAACUACAGCUACUGGAAAUGAAGGUGGCACGGGAGCGCGCAGAGAGGACAAUGACGCGAGAGCGCAUCGUCCCAGGGAGUACUACGAGUAGUGUCAAGAUCUUGGACCGAUACAGAGGAAUGGCAAGAGGCGAAGGACAUCUCACUGGAGGCCACAGGAUCUCUGUGAAGCCAGCAGGACACAAUACAUGGAGAGAUGACCAACCAAUCACUGUUGAUGAGGGGAGUGGAAUCUCAACCCAGCAUGUUAUCAUGAUAGAGUCUGCAGAUGCAGAAGCUGCUGGUCCUGGGGUCAAGCUGGAGAGGUCUGAAGGAGAGGAUGACCCACGACACAGCAGAGACAUCCAGAAUGGAGCGCCCCCUGUAGCCACGGAUGAUUCCACCAUUUCCCCAGCGCAGCACAGGACCCGACGUAGCAUCACGGAGGUUUCAGCUGCCUCCAGAAGGUGGAGAGUCACCAGAGGGUCCACACAGGGGAGAAAUCCUUCAGCUGUACCCAGUGUGAGAAGAGGUUCUCCCACCAGCACCACCUGAAGAGGCACCAGAGGGUCCACACAGGGGAGAAACCCUACAGCUGCCCCCAGUGUGAGAAGAGGUUCUCCCGCCAGGACCAGCUGAAGAUGCACCUGAAGGUCCACACGGGAGAAAGGCCAUUCGCCUGUACACACUGCGGGAAAAGGUUCUCAGAGAGGAGCUACCUUAGGACACACCAGCAGAAAAACCAUUCCACUCUAUAACAUAGAAAAUAACUAUUCCACUCGAUAGCUUCUGACAUUUAGAUCAAACCCUGCAUUAAAGACAAAGAUUCAUUUUCAUUGUCGCCAUCAGAAAAUAUUCACAGAUGCAUUUGGAAUAACAAGAGUAACAUAUUUCAGUGUUGAAUGUUCCUCAGUAGAAUAUUCCAUCCAGACAUUGUGAUAUAUACACUGCUCAAAAAAAUAAAGGGAACACGAAAAUAACACAUCCUAGAUCUGAAUGAAUUAAAUAUUUGUAUUAAAUACUUUUUUCUUUACAUAGUUGAAUGUGCUGACAACAAAAUCACACAAAAAUGAUCAAUGGAAAUCAAAUGUAUCAACCCAUGAAGGUCUGGAUUUGGAGUCACACUCAAAAUUAAAGUGGAAAACCACACUACAGGCUGAUCCAACUUUGAUGUAAUGUCCUUAAAACAAGUCAAAAUGAGGCUCAGUAGUGUGUGUGGCCUCCACGUGCCUGUAUGACCUCCCUACAAUGCCUGGGCAUGUUCCUGAUGAGGUGGCUGAUGGUCUCCUGAGGGAUCUCCUCCCAGACCUGGACUAAAGCAUCCGCCAACUCCUGGACAAUCUGUGGUGCAACGUGGCGUUGGUGGAUGGAGCGAGACAUGAUGUCCCAGAUGUGUUCAAUUGGAUUCAGGUCUGGGGAACGGGCGGGCCAGUCCAUAGCAUCAAUGCCUUCCUCUUGCAGGAACUGCUGACACACUCCAGCCACAUGAGGUCUAGCAUUGUCUUGCAUUAAGAGGAACCCAGGACCAACCGCACCAGCAUAUGGUCUCACAAGGGGUCUGAGGAUCUCAUCUCGGUACCUAAUGGCAGUCAGGCUACCUCUGGUGAGUACAUGGAGGGCUGUGCGGCCCCCCAAAGAAAUGCACCCCACACCAUGACUGACCCACCGCCAAACCGGUCAUGUUGGAGGAUGUUGCAGGCAGCAGAACGUUCUCCACAGCGUCUCCAGACUGUCACGUGCUCAGUGUGAACCUGCUUUCAUCUGUGAAGAGCACAGGGCACCAGUGGCGAAUUUGCCAAUCUUGGUGUUCUCUGGCAAAUGCCAAACGUCCUGCACGGUGUUGGGCUGUAAGCACAACCCCCACCUGUGGAUUUCGGGCCCUCAUACCACCCUCAUGGCGACUGUUUCUGACCGUUUGAGCAGACACAUGCACAUUUGUGGCCUACUGGAGGUCAUUUUGCAGGGCUCUGGCAGUGCUCCUCCUUGCACAAAGGCGGAGGUAGCGGUCCUGCUGCUGGGUUGUUGCCCUCCUACGGCCUCCUCCACGUCUCCUGAUGUACUAGCCUGUCUCCUGGUAGCGUCUCCAUGCUCUGGACACUACGCUGACAGACACAGCAAACCUUGCCACAGCUCUCAUUGAUGUGCCAACCUGGAUGAGCUGCACUACCUGAGCCACUUGUGUGGGUUGUAGACUCCAUCUCAUGCUUCCACUAGAGUGAAAGCACCGCCAGCAUUCAAAAGUGACCAAAACAUCAGCCAGGAAGCAUAGGAACUGAGAAGUGGUCUGUGGUCCUUACCUGUAGAACCACUCCUUUAUUGGGGGUGUCUUGCUAAAUGUCUAUAAUUUUCACCUGUUGUCUAUUCCAUUUGCACAACGGAAUGUGAAAUGUAUUGUCAAUCAGUGUUGCUUCCUAAGUGGACAGUUUGAUUUCACAGAAGUGUGAUUGACUUGGAGUUACAUUGUGUUGUUUAAGUGUUCCCUUUAUUUUUUUGAGAAGUGUAUAUCACAAUAUAUACAAGCCUAAAAAGUCUGUUACAUAGUGGGUUUGUACUGUGGAGGAUAUAUAAUGUUCAUAAAUGCCUAUUUCAUUAUUUCCAUUCAACUACUUAAUUUUUUUCCAAAAACACUUUGAGAAAAUGAAUGCAGUAUCAAGUUCAUGCAGACUUUUAGUUGUGACGUGUAUAUGUGGUUUUCAUAUUCUUUAUUUAAAUCAUGUUUAUGUUUAUUAAACAUAUAAUGGGACUUUUCAUGAAGACUUAUUCACCCCUUUGAUUUCUUCAAAUUUUCUAAUAAAGUAUGAUUAAAAUUGA